AACGUAGAACAGGAAGAGCAUUUGUUUUGAUGAGUGAAAUUUCGUGUACGAUAUCUUCAACCUCAGAUUUUAAAAGGAUUUGUACCAUAUCGUGGGAUUAAACCGAAACCGCUAUCAUCAAUGAACAGCUGACGUGUUUGUCCAUUAAUUUGACACAAUGAGUCAAAGAUCUGAUGGGCUUGUACAGCGGAAGUCUACUGCCAUAAAGAAGGAAAACCAGGAACCAGCCAGUGAAAAUGAACCCGAGGAAACUAGCAACUCGUGUGAUGAAAAUGAACUUGAUCAUGAUUCAAAAGAAACUAGACUUACGUUGAUGGAAGAAGUUCUUCUUCUUGGACUAAAAGACAGAGAAGGUUACACGUCGUUCUGGAAUGAUUGUAUAUCGUCUGGUCUGCGAGGCUGUAUUCUCAUUGAACUGGGUCUUCGCAAUCGUCUUGAGCUAGAAAAGGCCGGGAUGCGGCGGCGGAGCCUGCUGAACAGGAAAAUUUUGCUGAAGUCGGAUGCACCGACCGGCGAUGUGCUCCUUGACGAGGCACUGAAACACGUGAAGGAGACUCAGCCGCCGGAGACUGUGCAGAGUUGGAUAGAAUACCUUAGUGGCGAGACUUGGAACCCGCUGAAACUCAAGUACCAGCUGCGCAACGUGAGAGAGAGGCUGGCAAAGAACCUCGUGGAGAAGGGCGUGCUGACGACGGAGAAGCAGAACUUCCUGCUGUUCGACAUGACCACGCACCCGCUGACGGACAAUGUCGUCAAGCAGAAGAUCGUCAAGAAGGUGCAGGAAUCGGUGCUGACCAAGUGGGUGAACGACCCGCACCGGAUGGACAAGCGCAUGCUGUCGGUGAUCAUGCUCGCUCACUCGUCCGACGUGCUCGAGAACGCGUUCGCGCCGCUCUCCGACGAGGACUACGAGGUCGCGAUGAAGCGCGUGCGCGAGCUGCUCGACCUUGACCCGGAGGUCGAGUGCAUGAAGGCGCAGGCCAACGACAUGAUGUGGGCCGUGUUCGCCGCCUUCACAAAGUAACGAGAAGCGAAGACGGGUAGAGAGGCGAGGACGGUAGCAGCGGCACAGCGGUGGCAACGACAGCAUCGGCAACAGCGACGGCGGCAACGACAACGGUGGUAGCAGCAGGCAGCAAGUGGUUCCACUGACGAUUUCGGCGAAGCCAUGUCUCGCGUGUGCACAGAGAGCCAGCGGCGCCUUCUUCUUCUGCGUGCCGCCACCGCCGCCAAAUGUGACACGGCAGCGGAUCGGAGACGGAUCGGGGGAGGUCGAAAACCGUGUGUCGGUGUCGCGUGUCGGCCGAAGCAGACAUCCGUGGAUUGUUGGCGUUGCGGAUCAUUGGUGCCGCGGAUCGUUGUCGCCGUGGAUUGUUGGCGCCGUGGAUCGUUACCACCGUGGAUUGUUGGCGCGGCUCUCGGGGAUGCUCACGUUAGUUUCUGUGGCUGUGUUUGGCUUCUUCCGGUGGGUGACUAUCCAGAGCAUCACAGAUGAUCGAGAGAGAAAGAGAGAGAGAGACAGAGAGAGAGA